UUGUAGGAAAGUAGUUCGACCUGCCGUGCUGUCUUUCCUUUGGUGGUCUGUUGGAAGAAGAAAGAUGCGGCUGCGGAAGGUGCAGAACAAGACGUGCGCCACGCCCAGGCGGCCAUAUGAGAAGGAGCGGCUGGACCAAGAGCUGAAGCUCAUCGGCGAGUACGGCUUGCGUAACAAACGGGAGGUGUGGCGGGUCAAGUACACCCUCGGCAAGAUUCGCAAGGCCGCACGAGAGCUGCUGACACUGGAGGAAAAAGACUCCAAGCGUCUAUUCGAAGGUAAUGCUCUCCUCCGACGUCUCGUCCGCAUAGGUGUACUUGACGAGAACAAGAUGAAACUCGAUUUCGUCCUCGGCUUGCGGGUGGAAGACUUCCUCGAGCGCAGACUUCAGACCCAAGUGUUCAAGCUUGGUCUGGCCAAAUCCAUCCACCAUGCCCGCAUCCUGAUCAGGCAGCGCCACAUUAGAGUCCGCAAGCAGGUAGUGAACAUUCCCUCCUACAUUGUUCGCCUCGACAGUCAGAAGCACAUCGACUUCUCACUCAAGUCACCUUAUGGCGGUGGCCGAGCAGGUCGGGUAAAGAGGAAGAACAUGAAGAAGAGACAGGGCGGUGAUGCAGCUGAAGAGGAGGAGGAUUAAAGACUGUGCACGAACCGGCUGUGCGUUCCGCUGUUUUGAUGAAUUAAAAAAAGUGUUGAGGAAGUAAACCACUUAUACUGGGA